CAGCAACUCCUACAAAGGAGUGAAAAACUCUCUCUCCACCCACACGAGUGGUUUUUGAGUCCCCACAGAGAGAGAGAGAGAGAGAGAGAGAGAGAGAGAAUCAGUCUCAAAGUAAGCAAUCUCUGACUCCAGUAAAAGCAAGAGGGGAAAGAGAGUGUGAGAGAGAGAGAGAGAGGCGUGUGGGUUUCUCUCUUCUCUUUCUUUUAUGUAUCUUCGCUGGGGGUUGUUUAUGUUCUGUUUCUCCUCAAACUUCUCUUCAAGAAGAGAAGCUCACAUUCAAAAUCCCAUCUUUUCUUUUCAUUGAAACCAUUUCUCUUCAUAUUCUAAGAGAAACCCACAAAGAAAAAAGGCCAAAACUACUGUUUUCUCAUCAAAAUCUCACCUUUCUAAGCUUGUGACAGGUUUCAGAAGAGAGAAACUCAAAAACCUUUUUUUUUUUUCUUUUUUCAUUUCAAUCUCCAAAAAUCUCCUUUAGAAGAAAACCCAUAGUUGGGUUUCUUGAGUUUUCCAGUCAAAACCAAUUUCAGCUCCAAAGACUCUUUUUUACAACUAGUUUUACAAGAAAAUCACAAUCUCUCCCUUUUUCCACUCUGUAACUGGUUUUAGAAGAAAACCCCAUUUGGGAUUUGACAUUUUUUGCAGCUCUCUCCCCAUACCUUUGCUAUCUAGGAUUUUGGAGGAAAUGAAUCUGCAACAGCUACAAUCUGCUGUCUGUCACAGGGGUGAUGAAGAAAGAAUCACGAAGUACGCAGGUGUUAGUUUUCUUACUCCUGCAAAUCCUGCUAGCUUGGGGCUUUUGAGCUCUUCCCCAGGGAAAGAUUGGAGCUUUCAGGCCAUUGAUGGGAGGGGUAGAAUGGGGAAUGAAGGUGGGGGUGGAGAGUAUCUUGGUAAUGAGAAGAAUGGGAUGGAGGUGGGCCCAGCUGUGGAGGAAGAGGGUGAGAGUAUAGCAGCAGGGAGAGAGUCUAAGCUCUGUGCAAGAGGCCAUUGGAGGCCAGCUGAAGAUGCCAAGCUCAAAGAGCUUGUAUCUCAAUAUGGCCCUCAGAACUGGAAUCUGAUUGCUGAGAAGCUUGAAGGAAGAUCAGGGAAGAGCUGUAGGCUAAGAUGGUUUAACCAGCUAGAUCCAAGGAUCAACAGAAGAGCUUUUAGUGAGGAAGAGGAAGAUAGGCUUUUGGCAGCUCAUAGGCUGUAUGGGAACAAGUGGGCCAUGAUAUCUAGGCUGUUCCCUGGUAGGACUGAUAAUGGAGUGAAGAACCAUUGGCAUGUGAUCAUGGCCAGAAAGCAAAGGGAGCAAUCAAGUGGUUAUAGGAGGAGGAAGCCUUCUUCUAGGGUGGCCCACCAUCAGAGGGUAGAGAUGAACAGUAACAAUGCAUGUAGUGAAUCAACCAUCACAAGCACUAGAGAUGAGUCUGCAUCUACAUGCACUAAUCUGUCCCUCAGUUCAUCCUCAGGCAGGAUUUUUCAUGGGGGCUUUGCCAGAUUUAGUCCUCCCCAACAGCAACAUUCCUUUGAAUCUCUCUUAGGUUCUGAUGAAAAGGUGGUAGCAUUAAUAAAUGGAUCUAAUCACAAGUUUGAUGAGUCUGAGAAUGGUUUCUACAAUGGUGGCCCACCUGUGAUGAUGGUGGGUGUGGAUCAAUCAGGCUAUUCAGAUUCUUCAAACUCUGAAGUUUCAGCAGCAGAAUCAGUGGCUAACAUCAGAAAUAGGCCCCAUGUGUAUGGAGGAAGUGAUCAUGGAAGAGAGAAGAUGAGCUUGCCUUUCAUUGAUUUCCUUGGAGUUGGGGCCACAUAGAGAUAGAGGUGUUUUCCAUUGAAAUUUUCCUUGAGUCCUCGUGUACAUGUAUUCCAAAAAAAAAAAAAAAAUGAUAAGUAGAAAAAGAAAGGACAAAAUGGGGAAAAGGUUUUUGAAAUUUUUGUUCAUCUCAGCUAAAGCAACAUGGGUUGCUUUCUUCUUCUUUUUUUUUUCUUUUUCUUUUCUUUCUUUUUCUGAAAUAAUCCUAAAGUCUCUUUUGCUUGGCCUUUGUUAUUCUCUUUUAGUGCUCAAAUACCUAACUUACCUUCUUUAGUGAGGUAGUUGUAUUUCAUGAAAUUCUAUGCUAAUGCAAUGGAAGGACCAUAUCUCUAUAA